AGCGGCUCCGCAGCGUGCCACCCUUCGGAGCAAAGCCCAGCGUUCCUCCGCAGCGCCGCAGCAGCCUCGCCGACACCAUGGUGCAGUGGACAGCCGAGGAGAAGCAGCUCAUCACCGGCCUCUGGGGCAAGGUCAACGUCGCCGAGUGCGGCGCCGAGGCCCUGGCCAGGCUGCUGAUCGUCUACCCCUGGACCCAGAGGUUCUUCGCCUCCUUCGGGAACCUGUCCAGCCCCACUGCCAUCCUUGGCAACCCCAAGGUGCAAGCCCACGGCAAGAAGGUGCUCACCUCCUUCGGGGAUGCCGUCAAGAACCUGGACAGCAUCAAGAACACCUUUUCCCAGCUGUCCGAGCUGCACUGUGACAAGCUGCACGUGGACCCCGAGAACUUCAGGCUCCUGGGUGACAUCCUGAUCAUCGUCCUGGCCGCCCACUUCGGCAAGGACUUCUCCCCCGACUGCCAGGCCGCCUGGCAGAAGCUGGUGCGCGUGGUGGCCCACGCCCUGGCCCGCAAGUACCACUAGAGAGCCGCGGGGCCGCCCGCACGGCCAGCGCCUCUGACAGCCAAAUAAAGCUCAUCCUGUGAA